CUUCCUUAUUACGUUUUGACGUUUUGAUUUGACAAAUUCACAAAUAAAUCAAUCGUGUUUGUAAAAAUAAUCUCGUUUUGUUCGCUUGUUUGGCUCACAAAUGGGGUAUUCCCUGAAGAAUUUAAAAUUUUAUCCAGAUUAGUGCUUAGAAGACGUUUGUAAAUGACUCAGUUCCACCAUAAAACAGUUUAGUGCCGGCAAAACGAAACAUGGCGAUCUUAGGAUGGAUGAAAUUCGUGUUUUUAAUCAGUUUUCCUUAUUUGUGUUUGCAAGAAACAAUAAACAAAGGAGAAAUAAUAUUCCACUAUAAUAAUACAUAUAAAUAUGAUGUACCAUACACGGUGGCUGUCAAUAAAAGCACGGAAUACAUACUGGAGUUCGGAGGGGAGCUGGAAGCAUAUGAUACUCCUGCUAGAGUGACUGUAGCCAGUGACUUCGCAAAUAAAACAUAUCCGCUGUUCAUCACUGCUAGGCAGCAGAAAGGAGUAUUCUCAUGGCAGCUUCCAAUGAUUGUCCAGACGCCAGUCAGCUUGGAACAGUUUACCAACAUAUCCCGAACUCUCUGCCCACAUAACAACAUGUUCACGGAGGACGAAGAUACUUGUGACGUAUCAACACAGAACACACCAAUUAUUCAUUUGACGUCUUCGUCACCAGAUUCUAUAAAUGUGACGAUUCUGGUAGAAACUGUCCAAGACUUUUUCGUCAGGUUGAAUUCCACUACCAACUUGACAAUCACGCCUAGUCAACCUAUGUACUAUUUCUUCCCAUUUGACCAAUCUAAUAAUUUAGAUUUGAGCUAUCAACAUGCGAAGAGAAAGUACCUUUGCAACCAAAUGGAUGAAAGCGAAGGCUCUAGUUUCCAUAGGUACCUUUUGAAGUCCAAUUUUGAAACUAGAAGCUGGAUGUCCAGACCAAAAAGUGUGAUAGUCAUGAUCGAAUCUGACGAUGAUAUUUGUGCUGUGGUCUCUAUACAGAAUUUUUCGUGUCCAGUAUUCGAUAACGAGAGAGAUAUACUGUACGAUGGGUAUUACCUAACUAUGACAAGGAGAGGGGGGAUUACUUUAACUCAAGACACAUUCCCAGUAGGUUUUUACAUAGUAUUUAUAGUGAAGACAUCGGACGAGGAUUGUACGGACAAAGGUGGUAAUGCCACCUUGCCACAUGUGGCACAAUAUCUCGGAUGGUCACAAGAAGAAGUGGUACAAGUCGUCACCAACGACGGCAGGGUGAAAACCUUUAGUUUCAGAAUAAUACAAACAAUAUCGUACCAGGAGUAUGCGAUAGCCGCCGGCGCAGCUUUCGCCUUCUUCGGCGCGUUCUACAUAGCCUUUAUUAUAGCAGUUGUGUGUCGGAAGCGGAUACAGCGCACUACUGAGCUUAGUGAAGAAGAAGGCCACCUAACCCCCCCGGUGGUCCCCCACGACGCCGCGAACACCGCGCGCGCCGACACGACGCGGCGGCGCCACGUCGCCGACACCAGCGGGGAGAGCACCUCGCGACACUGCCUCGUCGGGGACGGAGACAUCUAUACUUCCACUCGGACAGAUGGCAGUUCGUCUUCGGACACGGAAUCCGACUUCUCGACUCUAGACGAUGUUAAUACAGACAAAGAUAUAUAUAGGCUGGGGGGCAAACUGUGUGUUGCUAACCUGGCUAGAUGUCGUCCCCGCGUGCUCUCAGCUCGUUCCAAGAUGUAUCUAUGGAACGUACUGACGGUGGCAGUGUUCUAUACUCUACCGGUCAUACAACUUGUUGUUACGUACCAACGGCUCCUAAACCAAUCAGGCAAUCAAGAUCUAUGCUACUUCAACUUCCUAUGCGCGCAUCCGUUGCUGGUACUGUCAGAUUUCAACCACGUGUAUUCGAACCUGGGAUACGUGUUACUGGGGCUACUAUUCCUCGCCCAGGUCUGGAGGAGACAUAAUACGCAUCAGAAUAAGACUGCUGAACAGAAGGAACUAGGUAUACCGCAGCACUUCGGCCUCCUGUACGCGAUGGGCAUAGCGCUAGUUAGCGAGGGCCUCUUGUCUGCUGCCUACCACGUCUGUCCUAAUAGCAUGAACUUCCAAUUCGAUACAUCGUUCAUGUACGUGACGUCAGUGCUAUGUAUGGUAAAGAUUUACCAGUCCCGACACCCAGACAUUAAUGCGCGUGCGCACGCCACCUUCGGGGUACUCGCGCUUAUUAUAUUUAUUGGUCUAGUCGGCGUUCUAAACGCGAACUUCUACUUCUGGAUCGCGUUCACAGUGCUACACCUCGUCACCUGCCUUGUCAUGACGUUCCAGAUCUAUUACCUUGGGAGAUUCAAACUCGACGGCGGGCUGGUAUGUCGCGCGGCCCGCUCGCUAGUGUCCCGGCCGCUGGCCGCCAUCACGCCGACGCACUGCGGCCGGUGCGUACUGCUCAUCAUUGCCAACCUCUCCAACUGGGCCAUCGCGGCCUACGGAGUGGCUCAACACAGUCGUGACUUCGCGUCCCAUCUCCUGCUUGUCCUCAUGAGCAAUCUGUUCCUCUACACAUUGUUCUACAUCGUUAUGAAGUUACUCAAUCGGGAGUCGAUUCGGUGGUAUAGCUGGGUAUUCAUAGCGCUAACAUACUCAAUAUGGUUCGGCUCCAGCUACUUCUACUUGGACCAGAACACUAAUUGGGCCUUGACCCCAGCACAAUCUCGUCAAAGCAACCGUCAAUGCUCUCUACUCCAGCUGUAUGAUGCCCACGACAUUUGGCACUUCCUAUCGUCGACCGCCAUGUUCUUCUCAUUUAAUAUGUAUCUAACUAUAGAUGAUAACUUAUCUAGAACGCCCAGGAGUAAUAUUAUGGUGUUUUAA